CCUUAUUAUCAAGACCAUCUGACAGCCGCGCCAGAACGAGAGAUGUAGAGACCAUGGAUGAAGCGCUAACUCCACUCUAGAACCUUGUGAGAUCAUCAGUAGAAAGAGACAUUCUAAUCCGGACCAGAACUUUAGCCACAGCCAUUAACCGUAGAAUUGGUGUGGAGUUGAAUUCUUGUUCCGAUUUUAGAAAGUUUUCUUUAUUCUGGGUCUUCUUUGUUUCUGUGAUUCAAGCCUUUGACUGUUUUUGGAGGAGACGGUCCUUCAGGAUUUUGCCGACGAUUGUUCUCAGUAGACACUUACCGCUGUCUUGAUCCCUUAUGACUUUUUGGAAUUUGAAUGUUUGACCUAACGAAAUGUCUGUGAUAAAACGAGAUCUAUACACAUCCAGAAAUCCAAUCUAUACAGCAUUAUAUUUUAUUCUGACUGUUCAGUUCUAUGGAGUAUUAAUUUUUGCGGGACAUGUAAACGAAAAAGAACAAACAUACACGUUAAAUAUACCGUGGCACAUAGGAAACCUUCACCCACGACAUGUGCAAUACACAGUUCACGGAAUUCCAGAAAUCCAAACCCUCCGACUCAAACGGAACGACAACAUUAACAUCAACGUGCCCUCCUGUAUCAUAGAUCAGGGUUUUACUAUUUGUGAAUACGGAAAUAUACAAGAUAUUGCCUUCUAUCACACUACCGAUAAACAAGGGGCGUUUGCAAUCACAAUGGACCGCACGGCACCAACGAACACACAGACACAACUUGAAGGCGUUUUGGUCUCCGGAAAAGACGCGUUUGUGUUGGAGCCAAAUGGUCCCCUGGGACACAGCCUGACCCCCGCCCACAACCACAGGAUUAUGAAGAGGAGUUCGUACAUCAACAGCCAGUACCUGGACAAUUGGCAUUCGUCGACAAACCGGCAUGAUAUGACAUACAUGGACAGACGGAUGGUACAUAUCUCAGACAGACACACCUUCCAAGAUUUCCAGGACAACAUGCUUCAUGACGUCAACUACAACACCAAACGCCCGUAUGUGGUGGAGGUGCUAGUCCUGAUCGACAACAGUUUAUACCAAAAAUUCUACAAGAGACACGGCGGUGAUGAACUGGAAACAAUGACAAAACUCAAAUACUACUUUGCGCACAUUGUUAACGGGAUGGACCUUCGUUACUCUUCCAUCAACAAUACAGGGUUUACCAUCUCUAUUCGUCUGGCCGGUUUCUUCAUCGCAAAGAAUGCCAGCGACCUUCCGUUUGUGAUGACGUACAGACAGGGAGGGGACAGGCGCUCGAAGGUGGACGGAAGUUCCACGCUUCUGGGGCUGACCAACUUCCUGAAGUCCAAAAAGGAUUUACCACACCACGACCACGCUAUGUUGUUCACUGAGUACGAUGCUACAAAUGGAAGAGGAUACAUAUUAGGAACGAGUUACCUAAGUGGUAUCUGUACCGCAAUGAGCACGUCUGUCAUUGUUGACCAUGGCUCAUAUAACUCCGCUGGAAUUGCUGCGCAUGAAUUAGGACACAAUUUGGGAGUAAUUUACCAUGAUGGCGACGACAACCCUGUAUCCACGCAUUGUCCACGUGAGCUUAACUACAUCAUGGCACCAUCAUCGGCGAUUAUAAAUUCAAAAACCAAAGAAUACAGCUUUAAGUUUUCCGACUGUUCCAUAGCUCAAAUGGAAGACCAUGUUAAUUUAUUGACACAAAGGGCCCGGAUCUUCCGUAGAAAGGGAAACUGUUUAGCAGACGACGCAGGUCCGUCGUACGCUACAAUGGUAGUCAAGCCCUAUCUCACUAUUCCACCUGGACAGUUAGAAGACGUCCAUACACAGUGUAGGCAGUUGUACGGAAACGAAUCAUUUAUGUGUCCACCUGCCACAACUGACGAAAUGUGCUACAAAAUGUACUGUUUUGACCCCGGAAGGAAAAUGUGUAUAACCGGAAGUGAACAAAGAGCCGCCAUGGGAACUUCAUGUGGAGACAAAAAAUGGUGUAAACUUGGAAAGUGUGUUCGAGAUGAAAAAGCUCCCACUGUACCAGAUAACUGUCCUUUCCCGGACGUCCCACCGCCUAGAGCCUCGUGUAAGGAGGAUGCCACGCCCAUGCAAUGCCAAGAUCCAAUAUUCUAUAAGAGAUGCUGCCAAUCCUGUAAUAGAAAUUUUACCGAAGAAGAUUUUUGCAGGGAUUCUAAAAUUUUAAUAAACGGUUUAAAAUGCGACCAAUUUAUUGCUAAAUAUACGCAAGAGAUAUGCAAUUAUGAUCCUAAUGUCAAGAACUUUUGCUGCGCCAGCUGUAAAAAACAUAUUCAUUAUGCGCCCACGCCGCCUUCGCCCACGCGUUCUGUGCCUGUGAACUGUCAAGACAAUCUGUUCGUCAGAAUAAACAGUCUGCCUUGUGAGGUGUUUGUUGCCAAAAACGGUCUGUGUGACAGACCAAUUGUGCAACAACAUUGCUGCGGAAGUUGCCAAGCAUGGAAUGACUUAAAGAAAUAAACUAUAUACCCAGAA